AACGUCACUGGAGCGUUGGGGCGUGGUUUGUUCGUUUCUGUAUGCGCGGUGCAUCAUGGGUUCACUAGAGUAGUUCAGUAGUCAUCAUGGCGGCAGUCCGAUCGUACAGCGUUUACAUCCUUCUGUAUUUCUUUUGUUUCCUGGCUGCACAAGAACAACAUGUGAUAUCAGUGAAACCUGGAGAUGAUGUCACUCUGUCAUGUUCAGCUGGUGAUGGCUCCAUCAGAGCUGUAGAGUGGACCAGACCUGACCUGGAGCCAGAGUACGUCCUCUUUUACAGAAACAAACGCUCAGUUACAACCAACCAACAUCCAUCCUUUAAGGGUCGGGUGAAUCUGGCAGACGGAGAGAUGAAGGAUGGAAACGUGUCUUUAGUUAUAAACAACGUGAGCAUCAGUGACAACGGAACAUACGAGUGUCGAGUUGUUACAGGUGGUUCAAGCCGUCAUAAGAGAGCCAUCAUUGAGACUGACCCAAUCAGAACCAUCCAACUGGAGGUCACAGCCUCAGGUUCCAACAGCAAAAACACCAUGGAUGGAGACUACAAAGACACAACCAAGAGGGAUGGAAACAAACACAUUGGACUGACAGUUUUCGUUCUGAUUAGUUCAGCUGUUGUUGGAAUGGUUCUCUGGAAGAAAAAGAGACACACAGACAGUAACUCAGAACCAGCUGCUGAUGAAGCAGUGGGUGAUCAGCUCCUCUGAACCUCUACAGACCUCUUUAUACCUGAACACAUCAUGAUACAACAUUAUUGUCUGUGCUGUUUGAGGCUCUCCGCUGUCUGUAUGGUUCAGUGCAAACUAACAAUGUCUCCCCUCUGUGAAUUGCUACCUUAUCGUGGUGGAGGGGUUUGUGUACCCGUUGAUCCUGGAAGCUGUAUUGUCUGGAGCACUCAGCUCCUGGUGGGGUCUCCCACGACAAACUGGUCCCAGGAAAGGGUCAGACUAAAAGCAGUUCAACAAGCCAGGGAUGGAAAAAGUACUACAAUAUUCAGUUCAAGUGAAAAUAGUUGAAUUCCUUAACCUGCACUCAGAUAGAGUAGGUAAGUAAGUGUAAGUCAGUAAAACUUUAUUUAUAUAGCACCUUUUUGACAAAGAGAUCCAAAGUGCUUUCCAAACAACAAAUAAAUAAACAUAACAACACACAAAAACACAAACAUAGGGAGAAUGUAAAUACAAACAAAGAAAGAAAAAAAGAGGGAAGGAUAGAUUAAAAGAUACACGACAGAUGAGAAAACAAACAAGGAGCUCUAUAAAAGGCCUGUAGUACAGAGUGGAUCAUUUAACAUGAGCUGUAAGUGAACAUUACUGUAAGGGGAACAUGAUAAUCUAAUGUGAUAGAACUAUUACCUAAGUACCUUCAGGCCACAACAUAAAGUGUGUACCAUGUGAUGUGUGUACAGUGUUCACAGCACUGAUCAUCACCUAUAGAUACACAGCCACCUUCCUCAGUAACUUCAGUACCUGGACAGACAAUAUAAAGCCCUAUCAAUGAAAUAACCUGUGACUCUAACAGCAGAAUAAGUAACAGAGACGUAUCGACAGUCUGAAAUACUUAAGUAAGUGUUAGAGGACACAGUAACAACAGGACAUUUUCUUCUUCCAUCCCUGGUCAUUGCACUGAUCCAUCAGACUGCUGGUGAGCUGAAAACAGACAAACCUUUUAAAGUCAGGUAUAAAGAGGUCUAAAGUGUGUGUGUCAUUUUAAUCUUAAUUCUAUCUUUAAAAGACAUAAAAGAUGAUGUUUCAUCCAGCUUUGAUGUUGUCCCAGAUGGUGUCAACUGUUUCUGUUGUAAAACUUCUGUUUGAUGCUUUUAAGCUUUUAAUAUUGUAUUAAUGCACUUUUAAAGGAAAAAUAAAGGUUUCUAUUUGGUUACAUUUGGAUACUCACGUUGUGUUAUUUGCAUUGUUUGUUUGUUUUGUGAUAUUUUUAGGUUUUUAUGUCUUUUUAUUAGAUAGACGAUAGAUAAACGGGGCCGCCCCGGUUUCCCUUCACACACUGCUGUUAUGAUGAGGGGAAAGAACCUGAGCCUCAACUGUUGGCUGUUAGCUUACACACUUAUAGCAUCUCAUGCUAACAGACCACAGCUCAGACUGUUAAACAUAUAUAUAUAUAUAUAUAUAUAUAUAUACAUGUCUAUAACACAUUGGAAAUGUUCUAAUGCUCAUAAUUCUAAUUAUAUGUAUGUUUAUAAUUCAUUAUUGACAUAGAAAAUGUUUCCUUAUAAUAAUAACAAAUUAUUAAUAUCUUUAUUUUUUUAUGACUGUAAUAAAACUGUAGAUCCUAAUAUCACUGUGUGCACUGGGAUACACCUUUAUUGUGAGAAUCUAAUCCUGUUGAACUUCUAACCACACCUGGGUUUCAAAUAACUGCAGGUUGUGAUCACACAGCACAUUCAUUAUCUCCUGUGAAGCUUUAAGGCGUCGUCUUAUUGUUGCUGAUGCACGAACAUAGAGAGGUAUUUAAGUUGGUGAAUCACUUUACAUGAUGCUGCUUGUUUAUUCUCUAAUAUAUUUAUAGAAUCUGAACCUACAGCUGCAGAUAAAUGUACUGAAGUAUCCAAUCCAAUCCAACUUUAUUUGUAAGCACUUUAAAAAUAACUUUAAAGUUGACCAAAGUGCUGUACAGGAGAAUAAAUAAGACAUCAUAAAUAAAAGACAUAACAGCUCACGAGUAUAAAGUAGCAUAAAACAGAAAUACUGAAGUAAAAGUACAGUACUUGAGUAAAUGUACUUGAGUAAAUGUACUCGAGUAAAUGUUCCACAGGUUGUUUUUCCAUAGACAGUGUGAGCUGUUGAAUGACAAACAAAAGCUCAACCAACAGACAACAGAGCAGAGUUUCCAGGCAACAGCCCACAGGUAACAGACAUCAGCUCACCUCUAGAGAGCCUGAAGGCCACAGUCUACUCUACUUAUAUAUCCCAUAAUAAAGAGGCUCAGCAACCACACUGCAUGACCUAUAUGGUUUUAGACUUUUAGAACAGAGAAGGAGCUGAUUAAAGUCAAUUAAACUGAGAGAAAACAAGAUUAUGACUGUAGCGUUUACUGAGAAAUGAAACUGAAAUCAGGCUCACUCAGGCUGCAUGUCUGAUCCUGUCUCUGUUGUCAGAGAACAUAAUGGAGACAUUUACAGCGGUUGGAAACUGCACCCAUCCUCCACCUCUCAGUGUGAGUCACUGUGGUCCAGUCCUUCCUCUUUAAUGAACACGCUAACAGACUGCUGCUGUUCAGUCCUUUUGUGUCUAAAUUUCUCUUUUUCUUUUAAGUUUUUGUUCAUGAAAGAACUCUGUUCAUUUUUAAUAUAUUUACUGUUUCUGUCUGACUGUAUCUGGACACUCCAUAAGAUAAAACAGGAUUCUGAUGUAUUACAUUGUCACUGUGUAACUGUGUGAGUCACAUGAAAGUCCCGAGUAUCACUUCCCCCUAAAGCAGCAUGAGUCUGCUGUAAUGAAACGUUCCACUGUGAUCAACUUACAUAGAAAGACUCUGAGGAUGAGUUUGAAUUCUUUAUAAUUAAUAUAUAUGAAUAUUCUCAGUUAUCAAUCAGUCCCAUCACAAUCAGAAUCUUCAGAUCCUGAGUCUCUCAGCAGAACCAGCUUUGAUGGUGUCCCAGGUCUGUCCCAGGUUCUGUCCUGCACAUGGUCUUUGUGGGUUAUUGGUCGUACAAACAUCUUGUUCCUGCUGACUGUUUGUCAGCUGUUGACUGUAAAUAAGAACAAUCACUGUGACAAAGAUCAACUUGGUACGUGGAAUUUUUUCUUUGUCUCAUGACCUCAUCUGAUGUCUGAUGGGAGUUUUUUUUCUGAACCCUGUUGAUAUUUUAAAUGUUCCUAACUGUGAGUGUGUGAGCUCAGCAUCAACUGUCUGAAAUAUAUAAAGAAAUAAUUCUGCUUCAGUACAGAACUUGAGUAAAUGUACCUGAAACUAUCUAAUAAUCUGCUGUUGACCUUGUUGGCAGGUUGAAUCUCUGCUGGCAUCAAAAGCAGCUCAACCAGAUACCUUCAGGUGUGUUCCUGCUCUCAGGUAGAACACACACGCUUUGUUUGAUGUCUCAUCAUCAUUGUGGCACCAGGCCAGCUGUCAGUCAGAGGAGAAACCGACUGUUCACUAAAAACAGCUUUAUGUGUGAACCAAAGGCCAAACUGAAAACAACCUUACUGUUUAAUGUAACUGCAGCCUGAAGCUGUUGAAGUUUGAUCAGUCUGAGAGUCCUCAGAGAGUUCAUGUUUAACACAUUUAUGGAGAGCAGAAGGUCAAAGUCCAGUCUGACCUUUCUCUCUUUACUCAGAACAGAACUGAAAUAUCAGUUUGACUUUUGAACGUCCUGUAACAGGAACAACAGGAUCACUGACUCUAACUGUGAUCUGAUAUCAAGCACAGACAGGUGAUAAAAUGCCUGUCUGAUCCUGUCUCUGUAAUCAGAGAACAAAAUGGCGGCUGUUUACAGCGUGCGGUCUGAAGCUGCUCUGAGCUCGUUGCACCAUCCCCCACAGCUCAGUCUGAAUCAGGGUGUGGGUUCAGUCCUUCCUGUUUAAUGUUAGAGACUGUGAGAAUGAACUGCAGCUCUUUAUUCCUCUGUGUGUGCACACUCUGCUCACUACUGAGUGUAUAAUAUCUAAUAUAGAGGAUCAAUGUAGGACUGAACUCGGCUCUACACUCUGAAUGUGAUCCACUGCUGGUGACUCUGUGUCUGAGCACUCAAUGACUCACAGGAAACUAAAACUAAAUUCCCCCAGCAGCCUGAGAGCUCUAACCUUUUAUAGUAAAAUGUCCCACUGCGAGGAAUUCACCAUCAGUCAGAGGAUGAUGUCACUCUAACAGCUGUCCUCCUGAUCAAUACCUGCUGGAUCACAAUAUUCUGAUCAACCUCUCUGCAGCAGCAGCCUGUGUCUGCCUGGACACUAGUGACAUCAUAUGAUCUCUGCACUCUGAUUGGCUGCUCUGUGUCUUCAAACAAAAAUAAUCCACAGACUACAACUCCUCCAGAACUCAGCUGCACGAGUUCAAACCAGAAAAUAAACUAAAUGUUUCUGUUUGUCCCAUAAAAUCAACCUGGGCUGUUUGUAUAUUUCUGGAAUCUACACAGAGAACUUCUAAUGAAGCGUUUCAGUCUCACAGCUCAGAUUAUCAUGUACUGUCUGUAGGAAUGUGAACUGACGGCUGUUAUCUGACGCUGCUUUCAGAGAGAGAAUGAUAGACAUUGUUUUCUUCUUCGUUCUUUACAUUGGAGGGAAAAACAGCUCAACUACAGAGGAAGAGUAGAGGACAGUCGGUAAUUCAGAGUUUGCAUAAAGAAUGCAAACAGCUUUACAGUGACUGAUAGUUUAAUGGUUCCUCUUCCUCCUGCAGCAGCGAGAUCAACCCUUUUUCUUUUGUAUUGCACAAUAUCCUGUAACACUGCUCACUGAUCCAUCUGGACCACAUUCAACUUUAUUGUAUAAAGUCUUUGCUGUUUGCACUAAAUCAAUAAAGGAACAUUUUAUCUCCU